AUGAAAUUUGAUGACAUUUUGUCAGAUGUUGGCGACUUUGGAUGGUACCAGAAGCGGAAUUACAUUCUUUUGCUUAUAGGUUGGACUUUAACAGCACCAUUCAUGGUUCUGUCAGUGUUCGUGCUAGCUAUGCCAGAUCACAGGUGCAAGUUACCUGGCUACGACAACGAUACAUAUGCAAUACAAGGCGAUACCCACCAGCGAUUGGUUGACGAGUACAUCCCGCUGUCUUCCAAUAGUGAACAGUUGUAUGACCAGUGUCACGUGUACCAAAUAGACCAAUACAAAACUGUGUUUGACAAUCAUAGUCAUCCAGUAAACUCCAGUAUUUUAAAAUGUUCCGAAUGGGUGUACAGUAGCGAGCUGUUUGAUUAUACAUUUGUUAUGAAGGAAAACUUGGUAUGUGACAACAAAUACAGAAUUUCCUUAUCAAAGACUAUCUUCUUUGGCGGAGUAUUAGUGGGCUCAUUUAUGUUCGGGAUUAUUUCUGAUACUAUAGGGAGAAGAAAGACGUUGCUGAUAGCCAUCUUGUUCCUAUUUGCCUCUGGUUUAACUUUAGCCUGGUCCCAAAACUACACAAUGUUUGUCAUCCUGAGGUUCUGUACCGGCUUUUGUAACGUAGGGAUGUUUAUCACAAUAUACGUCAUUGGUAUGGAAUGGGUUGGACCGUCUAAACGUAUGUGGGUUGGACUAGUGAUAUCUUUAGUUGGACCAACUGGUGAACUCUACAUGCUGACGGUAGCCUAUUUUGUAAGGACUUGGAACUGGAUUGUAAUCGCAAUGGUUAUUCCCGUUGGACUCUUUACAAUUUUGUGGUGGUUCAUCCCCGAGUCUCCGAGAUGGCUUUGUGGAAAAGGAAAGCUAACAGAGGCGAAGGAGUUACUUCGUUGUGCUGCAGAAGUCAAUAAAACAACUUUCUCCGAGAAAAUGGUUGAUAACUUGCCUAUUGAAAAGAAAGAAGCUGGAAAAGUUUGGUUGUUGUUCACAGAUAGAACCCUAGGAUGUCGUACUAUUGUAAUUUUCUACAAUUGGAUGGUCGCUAGUAUGGUGUUCUAUGGACUCACACUCAACACGGGUAUGUUGUAUGGGGAUUAUUACAUUAAUUACAUGUUAGUAGUUUUGGUGGAAUAUCCGGGACAUAUACUUACCUUAUUGAUGGUAGAUAGAUACGGACGUAGGAAGAGCCACUUUAUUUAUAUGGCUGUUGGAGGAGUCUCGUGUCUAAGUACGAUAUUUACUGUUUCUUUUGGCGGAAAAGAUCUGCAGUCGUUAACUACAGCACUAGCUAUGUUGGGAAAACUGUUUGCCACUGCCGCCUUCGCAACGAUCUAUGUUAUAUCGGCGGAGUUGUUUCCGACAGCUAUACGUAAUGCGGGCAUGGGAUCAAGUUCAUUGUGGGCUCGUGUUGGUGGAAUGAUUUCACCUUUCAUAGCAGACACAGCAGAUUUAAUUGGUGGAACUUCAGGAAAAGCAAUCCCAUUGGUUAUUUUUGGUGCCGCUUCUUUAGUAGCGGCGGGUUUAACUCUAACUCUGCCGGAAACCUUAAACAGACAAUUACCAGAAACAAUAGAGGAUGGAAAAAAUUUUACAAAGUAA